AUGUUAUUUGAUGCCGUCAGUCCACCAAUGAAACGAAAAGUUAACAAUGAAUGUAUGCUAGACUCCAUGGCGCACGAUGCAUCCGUUCUUCUCGGGAAACACAAGCUCAAGCACCGUUGUACCUCUUACAUUAUUCAACGAAAGGGAAAACUAUGCACAAGCAUAAAAUCAUUGAGUUCUGCUGAGAAGCAUCUGGAAUCUUUAGAUACUUUUCUCAGAAAAGUGCAUAACGAUGCCAGGCAGCCUUCUUUGAGUAGUUUGAACAAGAUGACAGAUUCAGUUACUAGUAUUGAUAAAUUCAAAGCAGAAAAUCGUCUCAGAUCCCUAGAGGAUUAUCUUGGCAAAGUUGAUGAAGACGAGACUUCAAGAAAUCAUAUAUCAUCUGCUUCUGACGGUGAAAAUUUACAGGCAUCUUCAAAUACUUCUUCCAAUGGAGACUUUGAAAGUGUCAGAGACAGACCGCUGAAUAAUUAUAUGGAGUUGAAACUAGAGGAUACUGAGAGGGGUCAGAAGUCUGCAGAUAAUGUCUCUGAUUUUUACUUAGUAGGUGUAUUGGCUUCUAUAAACAUAGCAGUCUUUCUAAUUGAGAUAGCAACUCCAAUAAAAAACUCUAACUUCGAGCUGUUUUCACUCCCUUUGGUCUAUGGAGCGAAGAUAAAUAACUUGAUUCUGAUGGGAGAAUGGUGGAGACUAGUGACACCAAUUUUUCUGCACUCAGGAAUCUUUCACAUAGCCCUUGGUAGCUGGUUUCUCUUCACUUUUGGGCUUGAAGUAUCUCGAAAAUAUGGUUCAUUUACAUUUUUCUUGAUCUAUAUUCUUGGAGGAUUCUCUGGAAACUUGAUCAGCUUUCUGCACAUACCAGAGCCAACUGUUGGUGGAACGGGACCUGCAUUUGCUUUAAUUGGAGCUUGGCUAAUUUAUCAAGUUCAGAACAGAGAUGUUAUUGCAACUGAGGCUUCUGAAAGCAUGUUUCAGAAGGCAAUUAUUUUUACAGCUCUCAGCUUUGUUCUAAGCAACUUUGGUCCAAUUGAUGACUGGUCACAUUUUGGAGCAGCUUUUACUGGUAUAGUUUAUGGGUUUUUCACAUGCCCAAGUCUGCAAGUGAAAGAUGCAUCUUCGGAUACUGGUCAAGAAGAAAGAAUGACACUUGUUAGACGAUAUGCUGAUCCUUGCAAAUCACUUAUGUACUUCUCCUUCUUUCUUUUGCUGUUAAGUUCUUUACUUCUUAUUAUUGAACCUCCACUCUAUCUGCUAUAA